AUGAAGUCUGCUCUCCUCGUCUCUUUCGCAGCAGUCGCUGUCGCAGCACCCGGUGGAUGGGGUGGUCAUGGAGGAAGCUGGGGCGCAGGUGGUGGUAGCUGGGGUGAUUGGUCGUCGUCGUCGACAGAAGUUGCUCCCGUGGAGACAACCUCGGUCGCUCCUGUUCCCGCCGAGACAACCAGCGCCUGGGCAGACUGGACUUCUUCCGCCGCCACCUCGGUGGCCCCGGUGGAGACUUCUUCCACCGUCUGGAACGACUGGACCUCGUCCGCAGCGACCUCGGUGGCUCCUAUUGAGACAUCGACGGCUCCUGCCAACUCGACCGUUUGGAACGACUGGACCAGCUCCGCUGCUCCCGUGACUUCGGCAACUUCAGUGGCUCCCAUUGAGACUUCGACGGCCUCCGCCUCGUCCGUCUGGAACGACUGGUCCAGCUCUGCUGCUCCAGUGACCUCGGUGGCUCCCACUACUACUGCUCCAAUCACGUCGGUCGCGCCUGCAUCCACCACCUCUACCGCUCCCGUCGUCAGCACUUUCACCGGCGCUGCUGCCAUGCCCACGGGUGGUUUCAAGGUUGCCGGUGCUGCUGUUGCCGUUGUGGUUGCUGCUCUGUUGUAA